UCGUGUCGCGGUGCGUGUGCGUAUGCGAGCCCCAGUGAGUGGCGCGCGCGUGUGUGUCUGUCGUGUCCGUUUUUGUUGUCCGUUUAUUGUGAGUGUGAUAAAAAAUUGUUAUUGUUGAAUGAAUGUAUGCUUGGACCUUAGUGUACGCGAAAAAUUUCUCGUCGCAUAAAAAAGAAAAAAAUUAUUUAUUUUCGUUGUCCCCCCGAUUUUCGCACGACCUAAGUGCAGUACGACACACACAUCGGGACCACACAUCUUAAUGUACGUCAGAAGUGACGCGAUGGGAACGUGACGCUGGCUGCAACGUCGGCUAGUAUGAGCGAGGGUGGCGGGGAGGCCAUGGCCUCAUAUGGUACGGCGGGUUACCCGCCACCACAGCCUGCCACCCCGUCAUCAACCGUUCCCGAGUCGAAGACACCAGGCCCGGCGCCAGGUUUACCACCGUUUAGUUCGUUCUCGGCGGUCGAGUUGGCUGAAGGACUGGGUGCCCGACUCGGUCCAGGCGACGGUUACGAUCCGACCACCGGUCGGAUAAUGGAUAUGCAUUGGGACUACAACCCGGACGGGCUGCACAGGCCGGACCUGUACCCGACUACGAUGAUCAUACCACAACCGCAGUCGUACCGGCCAUGGGAGAGCAAGUUGGACGGCAGCAACUCGCAGGACUCUAUGUCCAAGGGGUCGUUUGACUAUCCUCCGUCGCCGGCCGGCAGCAAGUUGCCGUCGUUCCAAUCACAGUUCAACUUCCAAAACGAUCAACAGCAACCGGAAACGGUUUCGUUGACCACGCUGACACCGGCGGCCGUGUCACCGACACAGUCACCUGGUUUACCUAGCUUCCAUACGCUAUCUACGGUGAACGUGGCGGCGGCCACGGCACCUCGAGGCUAUCCCACCCUGGUGCCGGGCAUCCAGCAGCAGUUCCUGGACGACCGGGCUGGCACCAUACAUUUGUUCCAGAGUCCACAAUACCCGCCGCCUCCGCCCCCGCCUCAAGCGUUUGCGCAGCAAAACCACCACCACCACCAUCCCCAUCAGAAUACCAUCAUCCAGGGCAACUUUAUGGGUGCUCCGCACCACCAGUCCAACCAGGCAACACUGUUGACGGUGGUGAAAACCGAACCAGUUGCUAUUGUGUCUGCUCAGAUACCCAGCCACGUGUACCAGAACGCGGGUGGUACGUACAUCGAUUCGAUCAAGAUGGAAGAUACGCUGUCUCCGCGUGGAUUGCAAGAGUCUCGGAAAAAAGAACGGCGAAAAGUGCGGGCUUCCAGCAUGGACAGCUCGGUGGAGAGCGACGGCGUGGGCAGUUCUAGCGUGGAGAGCUCGGGACAGGUGGCCGCCGUGAGCAGCACCGCCGGUUUCAAGUCGCCGCUGGUCCAGCACAACGUGGUCGGCAUGACGGGAGGCGGCAACGUGAGCAACGUGGGUGGAUCUAUGAUGGAUUCGGAUCACUGCGAGAACGGCGCCAACGGCAUGGAUAAGCAGACGAAAAAGAAGCGAAAACGUUGCGGCGAGUGCAUAGGGUGUCAGCGGAAGGAUAACUGUGGCGAUUGCGCGCCGUGCAGGAACGACAAGAGCCAUCAGAUAUGCAAGAUGAGGAGAUGCGAGAAGCUCACUGACAAAAAGCACCUCCUAUACCUGACCAACGAAUCCUAUCCUCGAGGGGAAAAUCGAAGAGGGCGUGGAAAAGGAAGUCGAGCGGCAUACAGAAAUAAGGGCAACCGUUCGAUAUCCGGUAACUCGGGCGCACAACAACAGUCCCCCGGGCCAUCAACUCCACUGAACGGAGCUCCUGGAUCGCCAGUGGUCAUGACCGAAUCCCAUCAUAAUUCGCUUUCCGGUACGGUAUUGACGACGUCUGGAAACGGGGCUGGUUUUUACGGCAAUCAGGCAGUUAGCAUUAUGGAAUCCGAUCCCAAUGGUAUAGGAUUUAGAGACAGCAGGUUCGGAACGCCAGCCACUGUGUGGCACUCAACUGACGGAAACGCAUUGGGAUGGACAGCUGUUACUCAAUCGCCUCAACCUCAGUAUGUUGGCCAACAAAUUCAAUUAGAAGACAUACGAUACCAUUCGCCUGCCAACACUUUACAUUAUUCUACUCACGCUCCACCAAACGUUUAUAAUCAACCAGGAUAUCAAACGGUUAGCGCGGCUCAAACGCCGACAACCGGGUUCAUUCAAGUUAGUAAUGGUUUCGCUCAUCAACCCACCCAAGUAACCACUAGUUCAUUAAUCAAUGGUGUGCCGAACGUUGCGCCUACUAUAAACGGCAACGUAGAGUACUUGGAGACUUCGGGUAGAACAGAUUUUGUUAACGGAACACCGAAUUACAAUCAUAUUUCCCAGACUGUACAAGAACAAUCACCAUCUUCUCAGACCUUGGAUUCAUCCAACGACGCAUCUGUCAAAGUAGUUAAUAACAGUUUUAGUCAACCCGGUGCGGGAAACGCGAUACCUGGGUACCCACCUCAACAACCUCCCCAAUCGCAACAGAGUUUACACAACUCUAAUGGGUACCCAGGUAAAAAUGAUGGAAAUUCCAUAGGGGAGGAGAGAAAUCGAGUUUCGGACUCUCCAGCAACUGGCGUAUGGGGCCAGUCAAAUACUCAAUAUGAUACAUCAACACCAGUGUCUGAAAAAAGCAACUUAAAUAAUCGAAUAAAAUCAAUGAUUCUUAACAAACAACAAUAUCAGCAACAACAAUAUUUACAAGAUAGACCACAAGAUCAACAACAAUCUCCACAUCAACAAUAUAUCAAUGAUCAGUAUCAAAAAGAACAUAAUUCUAAUGAACAAAAUAACCACCAACAUAUGCAUCAACAACAACAACAGCAACAACAACAGGUGCAAAUUCAGCAACAAGUUCAGCAUCAACAGCAAGCUCAGCAGCAACAAGCACAUCAACAAGCGCAACAACAAGCGCAACAACAAGCUAAACAUCAAGCCCAACAACAAGCACAACAAAGUGCUGCACAGCAUCAGCAGUAUCUCAAUGAUCAGUAUCAAACUGAACAAAGACAUAGUCCGCAAGACCAAAACAACCAUCAACAAAUGCAUCAUCAGCAACAGAUACAACAACAACAAAUACAGCAACAGCAGCAGCAGCAGCAGCAACAACAACAACAACAACAGCAGCAGCAACAACAGCAGCAGCAACAACAGCAACAACAGCAGCAACAACAACAGCAGCAGCAGCAGCAGCAACAACAACAACAACAACAACAACAACAACAACAACAACAACAACAACAACAGCAUCAUCAGAGUAUGCAACAAACGCAUAAUCAACUGCAGAUACACCAACAACAUUUGCAUCGACAACAAAUAAUGCAACAGCAUCAAGCGCUUCAGCGUCAACAAAGAAACGACGACAGUGGAGAUGCCAAGAGUCCAUUGAAUCAAUCUGAUCACCAACAAUAUCUGGCGGACUCCAAACAAAACUUAAUUAGCAAUAAUUUUUUAGUCCAAGGCCACCAUCCUCGGAGCUUAGCUACUGAGGGUGGUGGCUUCUAUUCGGAAGUCGAACGACAUCCGAAAUACCAUCACUACCACCACCACAAUGAACUAAAAAAACCAAAAGAAAAACAACAACAGCAAGAUCAGCAGAUCCAACAGAAACCUAUUUAUGAUUAUAAAGAAAGUCUAGAAAUCCAAAAAUACAGUCAUGUUAAAGAAGAGUUUAUUGAAAUACCGUAUGAAAUGAGAUUACACCGAUUACCUUUUGGAAUCGAUCCUAGAGUGAGCCAAAAGAAUGGCUAUGUAUUCUGUGGCAAUGGUGGACCUAAUCCUAUUGAUGUUGUGGCGGGUCCAUGGUGCUGUCGAAUGGGUGGUACAGAUACUCCAACAACUAAACAUUUGUCUGACGGGUGUUGUCAUAGAUUAAAGACGUUGGACGAAGAGAUAGAUCCAAUGGAAGUGAAACAAGAUAAUGGCCUGAAUAAUAGUCAAUGUUCUGAUAAUCUAGAUGAUAAACAAAAAACUAAUGUCAAAGCUACGGUUCCUGAUUGCAAUUGUUUCCCAACCGACCAAGCACCACCAGAACCCGGACCGUUUUACACUCAUUUGGGUUCGGCUAAUAGUUUAGUGGAACUAAGAACAAAUAUGGAAAAUAUGUCUGGUAUACGCGGAAAAGGCAUACGGAUGGAAAAGGUAUUGUAUACUGGUAAAGAAGGCAAGACCACACAAGGCUGUCCUUUGGCCAAAUGGGUAAUACGGCGUUCGUCGAUAGACGAAAAACUCUUAAUAGUUGUUAAAAACCGAAGGGGGCACAAAUGUCAACAUUCCUGGAUUGUUAUUUGCAUUGUAUCGUGGGAAGGCAUAUUAUCUGACGAGGCCGAUUAUCUGUAUACAAUGCUAUCGCAUAAGUUAAACAAAUACGGAGUACCGACUACCAGACGAUGUGGUACGAAUGAUCCACGAACAUGUGCCUGUCAGGGCCUUGACCCAGAUACAUGUGGAGCUUCGUUUUCGUUCGGUUGUUCUUGGUCGAUGUACUACAAUGGUUGUAAAUACGCAAGGAGUAAAGAUGUGAGAAAAUUCAGACUUUCUGUACGGACAGAGGAACAAGAGUUAGAAGAACGAUUGCAAAUGCUAGCUACUAAUUUGUCACCUCUAUACAAAUCAUUAGCGCCACGUUCGUACAACAACCAAAUACAAUGUGAACGUGAAGCGUCAGAUUGUAGACUAGGUUUUAAACCUGGUCGUCCUUUUGCAAGUGUUACAGCUUGUAUAGAUUUUUGUGCUCACGCUCACCGAGACUUUCACAACAUGCACAAUGGCUGUACAGUCGUAGUAACAUUGAACAAACAUCGAGGGUUUCAAAAACCCGAUGACGAACAAUUACAUGUAUUGCCUCUAUACGUAGUAGACGAGUCGGAUGAAUUUGGAGACAAGCAGGCUCAAAGUGAUAAAUUUAAAAAUGGUUCGGUUGAAAUGCUUUCCAAAUUUCCGUGCGAAGUAAGAGUUAGAUCCGUACCACUAACGCCAUGUAGACGUAAGAAACGCCAAGUUGAAGAACCCGAAUCUCCUAGAAGAGCACCAACAAGCAUAGGACUACAAAAAUCUGAACAAAAUAGUGAUACACAAGUACAAAGUUCACAAAUAUCUUCAACUGUAUUGGAUAGCCCAACGAUUAACAUGUAUCAACGAUGGAACCAUCAAGGAUUACUAGGGCAGAGUCCAUCUAAUUUCUAUAAUGUUCAAGAAUAUAGUCCAUGGAAUAAUAUUGAUAACCUUAUGUCACCAAGCAUGGCGAUGGAAAUGAACUCGAAAACAAACGUGACAAAUUACCAACCGCCGUCUAGGCAUCACGUCCGCAACCUAUGGCCACCCGUCGGUGGUGGAUUGCCUGGUGGCAAGCCGGUCGAGCCCGCAUUGACCGGAAAUAAUUUAACUCCAAUGGUGCAAAAACCAUCAGACCACUAUAGUCAGUCGACCAGCUACGCUCAGAGCAGACCAGUUUCGAAACCGACUGAGAUGGCAAAUGUCAACAACUAUAAUUGUUAUUAUAAAUCUAGUCAAGCCCUGUCCUAUCCGACGGUGGCGACAAACGUUGUCACCGCCCCCCCAACAGAAUACAGUCAUUGUUAUAGUCAGCAACCAAAGUAUUUGCCACUGCACUCCGAGGCUGCUGCUAAUCGCUGGUGCCCGCCACCAACACCACCACAGUCACUUUUGUAUCCGCCACCGCCACCACCACAACCACAGUCGCAUUUAUAUCCACCAUCACUACCGCAGCCGUUCCAAAUGCAUGCGUCCCGAUUUAACCAUCAGGAUUCAACAACUAUGUUCAAUCAGGGGAUGUCCCAGUACCAGCUUCCAAGAUGGGAUCUAUACGGACCGACACCGUACUUCCCCUCAGUUGUGCCCGAACCUGCAGCGGCGCCCAAAGUACAUCCAAUCGGUGAAGUGACUGAUUACAUAGAGAAUGAAGAAUGCUUCAAGGAUUCUCAAAUGGGUGGCGUGGCUAUAGCGCUAAGUCACGGUUCUGUGCUAUUUGAGGUGGCCAAACAGGAAUUGCAUGCCACCACGGCACUCCGGAAACCUGACAGACUGCACCCGACUCGCAUCAGUCUAGUGUUCUACCAGCACCGAAAUUUGAACAGAUCAAAACACGGAUGGGAGGAGUGGGAGGAGAAAAUGAGGGUGCGAAAGAUGGGCAACGCAUCUACUAACUGCAAUAGCAGCACUGGCACAGCAGCCACGACCACGGCCACCACGGCCAACCCGCUGUUGUCAGCCAGUGGUGGACGUAAAUCGACCACUGUGACCACCACCACGUGGACGACGCUGUUUCCAAUGUUCCCCUGCAUGGUAACCGGUCCGUACCAGGAGAACCAAUGUCAGUAGUAGCCGUAUACGUUUGCCACCGGAGCAAAAGGGUUAAGGUUUUUUUACUUCCUUUUUUUUUAUAUUCGUUUUUAUACGCAGUCGAUCGGCCGCUCCUCACGCCACGUGAUUUCGACUUUUCUUCUCUACCCAGCCCUAUUUAUCUCAACCCGCCAAAAAACUCGUUAUUUCUCCUCCAUAUAAUAAAUUAUUAUACACACAACUACACUUCCCGAAUUUCACCCGAUUGCCAAAGAAGCUUUAUAUAACAUACGAUUAUCGAUUUAUUUUUUAUUUGGAUAGGACUUAAGUAAUCAUUUUAAGUUUAUAAGAAAACCCUAGGUAUAAGCAUCAAUUUUUAAUCACGAUUUUUGUUAUAAUUUGUUUUCUUUUUGUUUUUACUUUUUUCUGUACAUAUUAUAGUGAAAAACAUCUCUUUUCUCCCAAAAAUAAGGAAUAUGUGUGUAUUAUUUUUUAAUUGACAACUUUUUUUCAUGUAUGAUUUCAAAAUAUUUAGUGUUUUAUUUUUGUACUCUUAACUAAUCGCCUAUUUAUAUGUAUAUUAAAUAUUUAUACUGCCGUUGUAUAAACAAUUUUAGAUGAAACAAAGUUAACACGGCUUCGGUAUAAAAUUUUUUUAAAUUAUUAUUCUAAAAGUAAUUCUGUCGAUAAACUCACCUACUAUUCUCACCCGCGAGUUUUAAAAUGAUCGAUUUUAGGUAUACUCCUUUCCCCAAUCACCCUUUAAAAUAAGAUUAUUAAAUAAUUUAUUUUGUGUUCAUUAAAUAGAUCUCUCUACGAUCGUAAGUAGAAAGUCCAUCACACUUAUUAGUGUUUAGUAUGUACAAAACACUGGCGGAAUCAGAAUUAAAAUGUAAUAAUAAUAUAUAAAAAAAUAUAUCAAAUUCGACUGAUUAGUUAGGUAGCUAUCAUAGAGGUAGUGUGUGACCUACUUAGUUAUAGGAAUAUUUUUUAAUCAUUAUUCAUAAGUAAUAAUGCAAAACGACAACGCUCAUAAAUUUUUAAAAAUUUAUUUAUUUUUUUUAGAAUAAAUCAAGUGUAUAAAUUUGUGUAAAAAGACAGUAUUUCAAAUGGAAAAAAAUCAUAAAUAUAUAAACAUAU